AUGUCUGUAGCUUGUACUGUCGCUAGUAAUCCGUUUUAUCAAAUAUCUCAAAAAAGCAACAAUGCUACCAUCGUUCCCAAAACUACUUCUAAAUUAAUACAAAAUCAAAACCAAAAACAGGGCCAUUUACUUUCAAUCAAUACUAAUAAUGCCACAUCUAUUAACCCUUUCAUGAACCACUCUAAUAUUUCCGCAAAUGUACCACCUUCUAACACCGCUGCCAUUAAAAAUAACGAUAACUGGUUAUUCCAAUUCCAACAGAUGAGUGUUAUCGAUCCAGUGGAGUGUAGCGAUAAUUAUAAAAGCUUGUAUGCGCAAUAUGAAGGGAAAAGUCUUAAUAAUACUACUACAACCAGAGAAAAUUUUAACGCUGGCAACAAUAUAAUGAUGAUGCAAAAAUAUCAAAACUAUGCCAAUACUAUUGCCCCUACCACUAAAACUGCAUAUGAUAGUGUGAAUGAGGAUUUUUCUGUGGUUGAUGCUGAACUGGAGAGCAUGAUGGCGUUACAACCAGAUCAAAGUGUUAUUGGUGAAGUUGAUCAAGAUCAACUUUUGUUUAAAAAUGCGGCUGUUUCUAUAGUCAAUAUAACAAAUACUGAUUCUAAUAUCAGUAAUACUAAUUCUCAGUUUAGUACGGAUACUACUGCAAAAUUUAAAAGAAGUAAGUUUUUAGGAUUAAUGAGAAGAAUAAGCGAUGAGGACGUUACAUUAAAGAGGCACAACUGUGAACAAUCUAGUAAUAACACUAAUAAUGCUAAAUACGAUUCUUUAUAUUCUAGUGAGCUUAAUGAGUGUGUAGGUGAUGAAUAUAUUACUAUUCCUGAUAAACUUAAUUAA